AUGACUCCAUCCAUUCCUUUUCGUAAACUCGGUGCAAAUGGUCCCGACGUACCUGCCUUGGGCUACGGCAUGAUGGGUCUUUCUCAGCCUGUCUACGGCAGUGUUUCCAGCGAAGAAGACAAACUCGCCAUGUUAGACCGCGCCUACGAACUAGGAGCCCGACACUGGGAUUCUUCAGAUCUUUACAGUGACAACGAAGAAACACUCGGAAAAUGGUUCACCCUCAACCCCCACCUCCGCUCCUCCAUCUUCCUAGCCACAAAAUUCGGCUUCGUCAAGAAUAAAUUCCCCACACUGAACAGCACAUCCUCCUACUGCAUUUCCGCCUGCGAAGAAAGCUUGCGUUUACUCAACAUCCCCUACAUCGAUCUCUACUAUCUGCACCACCCUAACCCACAAACCCCCAUUGAAGACACAAUGCGCGGAAUGAAGUCACUCAAAGAAGCAGGGAAAAUCAAAUACAUCGGUUUAUCCUCCGUAUCCUCUGCUACCCUGCGUCGAGCAGUGAAAGUGGUCAAAGUGGAUGCAGUACAAGUGGGCUACUCACCUUUCGAACUUGACAUUGAGGGCGACAAAGGCACCAACCUGCUCAACACUUGUCGGGAGUUGGGUGCUGCACUGGUGGCUGCAAUGCCGCUUGGACGAGGUAUUCUGACCUCUACAUUCGCUGACAAUACACCUCUGGAUCCCAAAGAUAUGAGACCAACUUUCAUGCCUAGAUUCCAGGAUGGGAACCGAGAAAAGAAUGUAGAGGUAUCCAAGCAGUGGAGAAUGUUGGCGGGCGAGAAAGGGUGUACGAGUGCUCAACUGGCUAUUGCGUGGCUGUUGGCGCAAGGCGAGGAUAUCUUUGUCAUUCCUGGGACAAAGAGGAUCAAGUAUCUAGAGGAAAACUGCGGUGCGGCAGAUGUCAAGUUGAGUCGAAAGGAUCUGGAAGAAGUCAGGAGGUUUGCAGAGACUUGUGAGAUUGCUGGAGGAUGUCUACCGCCGAACUUUGAGAGUUUCACUUUUUCUGACACUGUUGAGGAGGAAGAGGUUUAA